AUGAUCAUUCCAGUGCGCUGCUUUAGUUGCGGCAAAGUCAUUGGCGACAAAUGGGACGCGUAUCUUGCCUUGUUGAUUGAGGGCCGUACUGAAGGCGAGGCCCUGACUGAGCUGCAGCUUCAUCGCUACUGCUGCCGGCGUAUGGUGCUGACGCAUGUCGAUCUCAUCGAGCGUCUGCUUCACUACAAUAACGUGGCACCGCUUUGUUUCUAUCAUGCCCAUUUUCGCUUCCCCUCGCCUCCAUCUGUGUAG